AUGGGGGAGGCCGCUGUUAGAAUUGUUCUUGCGAACAUGAAUGAUCUAGCCAUUCAUGAGACCAGAUUCUUAUGUGGAGUUACCCUUGAAGUGGCAUUCUUAAAAGAUGAGCUGAUGCGGCUCCAGGCCUACCUCAAAGACGCUGACACCAAAUGGCGCUCAGGAAAUGCAAGAGUUGCAAUCUGGAGGAGUCAGAUCAGGGACACAUCAUAUGAGGCCGAGAAUGUCAUUGAAGCGGCAGAUUACAUGGAGAAAAGAAACAGGCUCAAGAAAGGAUUCAUGGGUGCCAUUUCAAGGUACGCUAGUUUACCGAGUGACUUGGUUACUCUUCAUAAGAUCGGUAUUGAAAUCCAACGUGUAAGAAGGAAGCUCAGUGAGAUAUUUCAAAGUGCGGACCGUUUGAAAAUUGUUAUGGAUAGUACUACUGUGGUUGAGGAUGAGUCUCCACAAGAUUUCAGCCUCGUCCACCAAUACUACGAAGAUGAUGUUGUCAUGGUUGGUUUUCAGGAUGAGCACAAACAAAUAGUGGAUAAGCUAGUUGACAAUGAGAAAAUGCUUAGUGUUGUCGCUAUAGUUGCCAUGGGUGGAGCAGGAAAAACAACACUCGCUAGAAAAGUUUACACUUCCUCUAGAAUCAAAGAACACUUUGAGAUACUUGCGUGGGUGACUGUAUCUCAAACAUUCAAGGGCAUUGAUUUGCUCAAGGAUAUUCUGAAACAAGUUGUCGAGGACAGAGAUGAGCCCACAUCGAUUGAUCAAAUGAAUGAGUAUGAGGUGAGAAAGAAGAUGAGUGAUUUACUGUUGCAAAAAAGAUAUUUAGUAGCCCUGGAUGAUGUGUGGGAAGCAAAUACAUGGAAGCAAAUGAAUAAAACAGUUCAGGCCUUUCCAGAUGUUUAUAAUGGUAGUAGAAUACUAUUAACCACGAGGAAGAACAAUGUUUCAAACCAUAUUAAAAUGCGAACUAUUGUUCAUGCUCUACAAGGCUUAGAUGAAGAGCAAAGUUGGAAACUGUUUAGUAGCAAAGCUUUGCCAUCAUAUAGAAGAUAUGCCACCAGUGAUUUGGAUGACUUUGAACAAGUAGGGAAAAAGAUUGCAAAGAAAUGUGAAGGACUCCCGCUUGCACUUACAGUUUUGGGUGGUCAUCUUUCAAAGAAUUUCAAUACACAAGCGUGGUCCAAUUUAUUAUUGGGUUGGCCAUUAACUGACAGCAUGCAAAUGAUGCGUGAAUUAAUAUAUCGCAGCUACAAGGACCUACCGAAUCAUUACUUAAGAUCUUGUUUCAUUUAUCUUGCUGCUUUUCCCGAGGAUUAUGUAAUAUCUGUGCCGGUUCUUAUUGAUUUAUGGAUAGCUGAAAACUUCAUUCCACAUAAACCAAAUCAUAUACUAGAAGAAACAGCACAUGAGUAUGUAACUGAGUUGGCUCAAAGAAAUUUGGUCCAAGUUGUUCACAGAAGCAGUGUACAUGGAUGGAUUGAGAAAAUAAGGAUUCAUGAUAUCUUGCGUAACUGGUGCAUAGAGGAAGCGAGACAAGAUGGUUUUCUUGAUGUCAUCGAUAAAACUACAGGUCAAACUGGUGCAUCAUCAGCUGAAAUCAUGAUACCUCAUCGUUCUUGUUUUCAAACUCUGAGUGGCCAGAUUGUACCUGCAACACCUAAAGUUCGAACCGUGCUUGGAUUUGGACUCUCCUCAGCCUCUCUACCUAAGCUAAGAUUCCUGAGAGUUCUUCACAUUGAAAACUCAAGCCUAAAGGAUUUAUAUAUGAUAAUAGAUGGGUGCAUCCACUUAAGAUGCCUGAGGUUGAGAAAAUGCAAACACGUGAAACUCCCAUCUUCAAUUGGAAAUCUUCUUUACUUGCAGACUAUAGAUCUAAGAGGUACGACAUUUAACUCAGUAGUGCCAUAUUCUCUCUGGGAUAUCCCAACUCUAAGGCAUGUUUAUCUGAGUGAUGAAUUUUCUCCACCACCACCUACAAUGAGGGUGCAUCAACAGCAGCAGAAAGAAAUCCGUACCUUUGAGUUAAUACUUACAUCUGUUGGCACAAAAUUCCGCUAUCGUGACAUGGCCAUCUACCUGGGACAGAUGAAGCAACUGACAACCUUCUCCUUGAUAAUGGAACCCAUAUCCGCGGAGAUUAUUAGCAUAUUUGCAAACAUGCCUCACCUGGUUGAUAUUUAUCUCGUCAAAUUUUGUGUGAUAAAUAAGUUGUCUGCUGAAUUCCCACAAAGCCUACGCCGUCUUGUUGUAGAAGCUGAUGCCAUUACAGAAGACCCAAUGCCGGUCAUAGAGAAGCUUCCGUGUCUUGUGGUGUUGGAGCUGAGUGGAUACAAAGGCCAUACCAUGUGUUGCUCUGCCCAAGGGUUCUCUCGGCUACAAGAGUUAGCACUUACUGCAUUUUCCACUGCGGAGUGGAAGAUAGAGGUUGGGUCAAUGCCAAAGCUCUCCCGCAUGACACUUCGGUACUGCGAAUGUAUGAGCAGGCUCCCACAAGGGUUGCUGCACCUUCCAAACCUCGGUUACCUAAAACUGGAGCAUAUGCCCCAGAUUGCUGAAGAUGACAACAUGCUGAGGGCGCUGAUGCAGAAAGGAUGUGAGGUGAAAUGGAAUCGUUGA